AUGAAUAUAACAGAUCUGCCAAAAGCCCAGGCGGGCGAAGUUGAGUUCUGCACCUUGGGAAUGUUCAUCAUAGAUGAUAUUGAAUUCGGAGGUUCCAGGCCCGAUGUCAAGAAUGUUCUCGGCGGAGCUGCGUCUUUCGCAGUUGUCGGCGCCCGUUUGGUUGCAGGGGCCGAUCAUGGACGGGCUGUGAGUUGGAUUGUGGAUGUGGGAUCCGACUUUCCACCGGAGACUCUCGCAGUAAUCAAAUCCUGGGGAACAGACUGUGUGAUCAGGGAAGAUCAUAGUAGACUCACAACAAGAGCCUGGAAUGGAUAUCAUCCAAAUGAGAAACGAGAUUUCAAGUAUCUCACUCCCAAGCUGAGACUAGAGCCUUCCAUGCUCUCGGACACGCAAGUGUGGUCCCGCACUUUUCAUAUGGUGUGCUCUUCGGCCCGUUGCAUGUAUAUUGUACAUGAUAUCCUCCAACGACGAGAGCAGCUGCGGCAAGCGGGCCAAGCACCUUCUACGGAACAUGCUUCAAAACGCCCUAUUUUUGUCUGGGAGCCGGUACCUGAUCUUUGUACACCAGAAGAGCAGGAAAAAUUUUUCGAGGCAAUUCAGGUUGUAGACGUGGUGAGCCCUAACCAUCUUGAGCUGGGCAUGAUGUUUGAUCAGCCCGGAUGGUCCGAGGAAAGUGAAGAGAGCAAAAGGCUAGUCCAGAAGAUUAUUGACGCCGGAAUUGGCCCCAACCGAGAUGGAUGCCUCGUCAUCCGAGCGGGUAAAGAAGGAAGCUACGCCUAUUCAAAAGCCCAGAAGCUUUGGCUCCCUGCUUACCACCAACCCAACACGUCGGGUGCUACUGUGGUCCUAGACCCCACAGGUGCGGGUAACUCAUUCUUGGGUGCAUUAGCACAAGGAAUGGUGACUGCUGGUCGGGAACCUUUCAACGUCAUCGAGUCUAUCUUGUCAAGGUCAGAUAGCUGGACACAAGCUAUGAACUUCUGGGGCGAGCGUCGCGAUGUGCUGGGGGCGCUUAUCUGCGCUACUGUCGCCGCCGGAUUUGUGGUGGAACAGAUCGGAGUGCCUCAAAUUUCUGUGGACAAUGGAAAGGAACUGUGGAAUCAAACUGAAUUCACGGAACGAGUCCGCCUAUACACGCAGGGAUUAUUCAAGACAUUGGAAGAGUCUCCCCAGAGACACCUGUUGACCAAUUGA